AUGGCUAGAUCUAGUACAAGCAAUGUCUCAAAAAAACGUAAUAGGGAUUCUGUCGAAGAGGUAGAUGAGGAAAUCACGGAUAUUUCUUCUGAUGAAGGUGAUGUCCAAGAUGAAUCCAAUGAUGGCGAUGAGGUAGCAGAAUACUUGGAAUCUGAAGACGAGUUUGAAGGCGAAAACCCUGCUGAUAAGAGAAGAAGAUUGGCUAAACAAUAUUUAGAGAAUUUAAAGGCUGAAGCUGAAGAUAUUGGCGAUUCUCUGGCGACCGCAAGCACUGAACAGGACCGUCAAACACAAUUAGAGGAUUACAAUAACUUUGAUGCUCGUGACUUGGACAGAGAUAUCAUUGCUUCCAGAUUGAAACAAGAUGUUGCAGAGCAACAAGGGCGUAUCUAUAGAUGGAUUUCAAAUAAGCUUUUGAUAGGUGAAUCCAGAACAACGUUUACAAGAGUAGGCGAAAAUAAUCUAACAUGUAUUUCGUGUUAUCAACCCUCAGUUAACAAGUUUUCUCAUAAAGAUGUUCAAAAUAAGAGCAAGGACAAAAUAUUUGCUUACACUGUUAGCAAGGACAUGCAAUUAACAAAAUAUGAUGUUACUGAUUUCAAAGCUAGACCAAAAAAAGUGAAAUAUGUUAAAGGUGGUAGAAAAUACAUACCGGAAGGUAAAUUUGAGUACGAGAAUGUGACAGAAGGUCAUUACGAUGAAAUCUUAACGGUGGCAGCUUCUCCUGAUGGUAAAUACGUAGUUAGUGGUGGUCGUGACCGUAAACUGAUAGUAUGGAGUACCGAAUCUUUAGCCCCUGUGAAAAUUAUUCCAACCAAAGAUCGUAGAGGUGAGGUUUUAGGAUUAGCAUUCAAGAAGAAUUCGGAUCAAUUAUUCGCAGCAUGUGCCGAUUACAAAAUCAGAACGUAUGCUAUUAACCAGUUUUCUCAACUGGAAAUAUUAUACGGUCAUCAGGAUUUGGUUAUUGAUAUCUCUGCCCUAAAUAUGGAGCGUUGUGUGACAGUGGGGUCCAGGGAUCGUACCGCUAUGUUGUGGAAAAUAGCUGACGAAUCCAGAUUGACAUUCAGAGGUGGUGAUGAUCCUGAAAGACUGAGGAAAAAAUGGUUGAAGAACCAACAAUUGUCCGCAGAAGGCGGAGAAGAUAUGCAUGAACAGACCCCACCUCACUUUUAUGGCGAGGGAAGUAUCGAUUGUAUUAGCAUGGUAGAUGAUUCACAUUUCGUUACUGGCUCUGAUAACGGAAAUAUAUCAUUAUGGUCUUUAUCCAAAAAGAAACCUCUUUUCACCGUUAGAACUGCUCAUGGUGUUGUACCAUUAGUUGAGGAUAAAAAAAUCUCUGGGGAAGUGAGCGAUGAAUUACGCAAUGCACAAUUACAAGGUGGAUCCAUUGCCCAACCAUUUUGGAUAACAUCAUUAUACGCCGUUCCAUAUUCUGAUAUUUUCAUUUCAGGAUCCUGGAAUGGAACCCUGAAGGUAUGGAAAAUCAAUGAGAACUUAAGAGCAUUUGAACUAUUAGGAGACUUACCUAACUGUAAAGGUGUGGUAACCAAAAUUCAAGCCGUAGAAUCCGGCAGAACCGGUAGAGAAACCUUCAGAAUUCUAGCAAGUGUCAGUAAAGAACAUAGAUUAGGAAGAUGGAUUAGCAAGGUACCAGGUGCAAGAAAUGGUAUCUUUUCUGCUGUGAUAGAACAAACCGGAUUCUAG